AUGGCUAGCGUUGGGCAGAAGGUGUAUGCGCCCGGUGUGGCGGUGUCGGAGGGCAAUGGCGGGCUGCAGAAAAUCGACCUCAAAUCCUCGCACGGGAGCGAGGCUGAGAUUUAUCUGUUUGGAGCAUGUGUUACUUCUUUCAAAGUCCCUAAUGGCAAGGACCUGCUCUUUGUUCGACCAGAUGCUGUGUUUAACGGGCAGAAACCCAUCAGUGGUGGAAUUCCACAUUGUUUCCCCCAGUUUGGCCCAGGUCCCAUGCAGCAGGUUUCCCUGCACUCUACAAGCUUGUCAACAACUCUAGAAAUAAUAAAUACAGAUGUCAAGCCUUUCUCAUUCAACUCAGCACUCCACACUUAUUUCUCUGCUUCCAUAGCUGGCGUUUCUGUGAAAGGUCUAAAAGAUUGCAAGACUCUCAAUAAGGAUCCUGACCCGAAAAAUCCUUUGGAGGGCAAAGAAGAGAGGGAAGAGGUGACUUUUCCAGGAUUCGUCGACUGCAUCUACCUUGGUGCACCAAGUGAGCUCAUCCUGGACAAUGGAUUGGGUGACAAAAUUGCCAUCACAAAUUCAAAUUGGUCAGAUGCAGUCUUGUGGAAUCCUCACUUGCAGAUGGAGGCCUGCUACAAAGAUUUUGUCUGUGUGGAAAACGCCAAGAUUGAAAUGGCACAACUGGAGCCAAAACAAUCUUGGGUGGCAGAACAGAAAAUUGAACUAGUCUGA